ACUAGCUAGCUGCACUGCUCCAAGAAUAUGGCAAUCAAGAAAGAUGCCCAGAAAAUGGCAGAAGCAGAUGUGAGAGCCCCACUCAUCAUAGAAGAAGAUGGGCAUGGAGAAGAACAAGCCCAGAAGGUUCACAGCAAGGAAAGGAGAUGGAUGGUCUUCUUCAGUACAAUUGUUGCUGUCUGCGGUUCUUAUUCUUUUGGAUCUUGUGCAGGCUUUUCAUCACCAACUCAAACUGCUAUCAGGGAAGAUCUACAUCUAUCUCUAGCAGAGUACUCAUUGUUCGGCUCCAUUUUGACAUUUGGGGCCAUGAUUGGAGCAAUAACGAGCGGCCCCAUUGCUGAUUUCAUCGGUCGCAAAGGGGCAAUGCGGAUGUCGGGGACCAUCUGUGUGGCAGGAUGGUUGGCCAUUUAUUUUGCUAAGGGAGCUAUGCCUAUGGACAUUGGAAGGUUGGCAACCGGAUAUGGAAUGGGAGUCUUUUCUUAUGUGGUACCAGUGUUUAUAGCUGAAAUUGCACCCAAAGAGUUGCGAGGAGCAUUGACAACGAUAAAUCAGCUUAUGAUUUGCACUGGAGUAUCAGUUGCAUUCAUUUUGGGGACAAUUCUGUCAUGGAGGGCUUUAGCAUUAACUGGGAUAAUCCCAUGUGUUGUUCUUGUUAUGGGCCUCUUCAUCAUUCCAGAAUCUCCUAGAUGGCUGGCAAAAAUCGGAAAUCAGAAGGAUUUUGAGAAUUCGCUGUACAGACUUCGUGGAAAAGAUGCUGACAUAACUGCUGAGGCAGCGGAAAUCAUGGAUUACAUUGAAAGCCUUGAAAAGCUCCCACAAGCCAGAUUGCUUGAUUUAUGUCAACGAAGAUACUCGCGCUCUGUCAUUGUGGGAGUUGGGCUAAUGGUAUGUCAACAACUUGGUGGCAUUAAUGGAGUAUGUUUCUACACCAGUAGUAUAUUUGAGUCCUCGGGGUUUCCUUCAAAUGUAGGAACUGUAAUCUAUGCUAUUCUCCAGGUUGUAGUCACUGCAUUAGGUGCAGCCUUAAUAGACAGAGCAGGGAGGAAGCCUCUAUUAGUGGUCUCAGGAAUAGGACUUGUCGUUGGUUGUGCACUAACAGCCAUCUCAUUCUUUCUGAAGGGACAUGAAAUAGCUGUCAGUGCAGCACCAUUACUUGCUGUUACAGGAAUACUGGUGUACAUCGCGUCAUUUUCAGUUGGAAUGGGAGCAGUCCCAUGGGUAGUGAUGUCUGAGAUAUUUCCUAUAAAUAUAAAAGGAGCUGGUGGAAGCCUUGCAACCCUAGUGAAUUGGUUUGGAGCUUGGUUAUGUUCCUAUACUUUCAACUUCCUCAUGGCAUGGAGCUCGUUUGGAACUUUUGUUCUAUAUGCAGUAAUCAAUGCACUUGCCAUUUUGUUUGUGAUCAAGGUAGUGCCUGAAACAAAAGGAAAAACACUGGAACAACUACAGGCUGCUAUCAAUGCAUAGUAACAUAUAUAUUUCCUUUUUUUAUUUAUUUUCAAAAGAAAUGAAUAAAAAGAAAUUGCAGUGGUGGAUUAUUGCCCAAAAAUCUUGGUGUAAAUUUAUAUGGAUUAUUUUCGUAGCUUCUUGUAAGCUAUUCGUAGUACCAAAAGGUAAAAUUUCCACCUCGGAGCCUAUGCUCGACCUGAAAGCAAGCGUAGUUAGACAUUAAGAGCCCGUUUCGUAGAAUUGAAAUUGGUUGAAUCGACUAGACAUUGAUGAAUUGAAUUAUGCAAAAAUUAUAUUGACAAUAUCCUUUAUUAAUAAAAUAAAAAAAAU